GUAACGCGUGGCUCCCUUGGGCUGGCAGGAGGGGCCGGAGGCUCGCGAGGGGCGGGGGCGGCGCGCGACGGCGGCGGAGCGUAGGGGAGGGGACCGGAGAGGAGGGGAUGAGCAUACGGGAGGGGAGAGGAGGGAGACCCGCCGCCUCCCUCCCUCCCUAGCUGACUUGCUCUCUCCCGGGCUGCGGCUGCUGCAAAAGCCAGCAGCGGCAGCGGGAGCUGUCCGGAGGCCGGCGUCGAGGGUUUGCCGCUGUCUCUGCUAUUCCAUCCUCCCCAAAGGGGCUCUCUCCCCUCUCCCAUCUCAAGAUGGCAGCCUAGCAGCUCUGAGGUCUCUGAGAUGAAGGGGGUUGAGGAGAGUCCCGAGGUUCCAGGCAAAGGGCCUGGCCAUUCUGAAGCUGAAACUGGCCCUCCCCACGUCCUAGCAGGGGUACCAGACCAGCCAGAGGCCCCGCAGCCAGGCCCAGACACCACUGCAGCCCUUGUGGACUCAGGGCCCAAGGCUGAGCUGGCUCCAGAAACCCCAGAGACCUCCGCUGGGGCCUCAGAAACAGCCCAGGCCACAGACCUCAGCUUAAGCCCAGGAGGGGAAUCAAAGGCCAACUGCAGCCCCGAACAGCCAUGCCAAGAAACAGUGUCCAAACCAGAAGUGAGCAAAGAGGCCACUGCAGACCAGGGAUCCAGGCUGGAGUCUGCAGCCCCACCUGAACCAGCCCCAGAGCCUGCUCCCCAGCCCACCCCCAAGCCAGCCAUUCAACCAGUGCUCCCUACCCAGGAGGACCCCACCCCUGAGAUUCUGUCUGAGAGUGUGGAGGAAAAGCAAGAGAAUGGGGCAGUGGUGCCCCUGCAGGCUGGCGAUGGGGAAGAGGGCCCAGCCCCUGAGCCUCACUCGCCACCCUCAAAAAAAUCCCCCCCAGCUAAUGGGGCUCCCCCCCGAGUGCUGCAGCAGCUGGUUGAGGAGGAUCGAAUGGGAAGGGCGCACAGUGGGCAUCCAGGAUCUCCCCGAGGUAGCCUGAGCCGCCACCCCAGCUCCCAGCUGGCAGGUCCUGGGGUGGAGGGGGGUGAAGGCACCCAGAAACCUCGGGACUACAUCAUCCUUGCCAUCCUGUCCUGCUUCUGCCCCAUGUGGCCUGUCAACAUCGUGGCCUUCGCUUAUGCUGUCAUGUCCCGGAACAGCCUGCAGCAGGGGGACGUGGACGGGGCCCAGCGUCUGGGCCGUGUGGCCAAGCUCUUAAGCAUCGUGGCACUGGUGGGGGGAGUGCUCAUCAUCAUCGCCUCCUGCGUCAUCAACUUAGGCGGUGAGUGGGGGCUUGGGACAGGCAGGGGAGGAAUGGAAGGGUUGGCAAGGGCAGCUUUACUAACCCCUGCCCCUGCUCUCUCCUGUCUGUCCUCCUUACCUCUCCUUUGUCUCUCCUUGUCUCCCCCUCCCCCCUGUCUGUCCUUCCCUCUCCUCUCCCACAGUGUAUAAGUGAGGGGCUCUGCCCCACAUCCCAAGACUUUUCUUCCUGUUGGGAGCUGCCUUGGGCCCAUCCCUCCCCUGGGGGGAGCCCAACUGAUGGCCCUGGCCCCCACCCCUAAGGACCAAGGGAGCCUGAGCAGCCUUGUUUACAGCUUCUGUCCUGCUCCUGCAUCUUGCCAGGCUCCUCUGCCAACUGUAGGCCUCCCUCAUCCCUGCACUGGUUCCAACCUCCCUGCACUUCUGCCUGCAUCCCCUCCAGCCUCUUGGCCCCCUAUCCCUGCACUUCUGGAAACCUCCCUGCACUCUGGAAACCUCCCCGAACACCUCCCCAACUCUGCGCUCUCAGCCUCCCUGCAUCUCUCCUGGCCUCCCUGCACUUCUUCCCGCCUCCCAAAUUCUCUGGACCUCCACCUUGGCCUCCUCCCAACUUUCAUUGUCUUGGCAUCUCUCAAACCUCAGUCCUCUCUUCCUUCCCUUAUCAUCUCCCCUUUCCUCUCCAUGUCCCUCCCCCUUCCUCUUCCUGCCUCCUCAUCUCCCUUAAGCAUCCUCUUCUCCAACCUCCCGUCACCGUUUACUCUGCAAAAAUGACAGCACUUAAAUGAGGCUUGGGGGCGGGAAGCAGUGUUGGGAGAGGGCUCCCCAACCCCGGGCUCCGACUGUUCUCUGCUGGGACCACCCAGGGUCGGACACCCAAGGGUGUCUUGCAGGUCGUAGAGCUGGCAAGCCGGGCCUCGUGUGGGGACUCGGGCGAGGGUGGCGAGCACUGGUUCCGAACGCACGCAGGGGAGAAGCGAGGGACGCGGCGCUGACCCCUCCAGGUCAGCUGGAGUUGACCCGCCCACCUGGGCUUUUCAACCCCAGUCCACGAGUUUUUUCUUGAAGGUGUCGGGGCUAGAUUUAUUCACGUGCUUCGUAACGAAAGAAUCCAAAAAAUAGGACCAAAGCGCCCACUGGCAGGAGCGAGGGCGGGGCGGGGGGCUCUAUAAUUAUUUUCUAAGCUGACGGGGGAGGUUUGUUGCACGCGACAACCCGCUGUGGAGGCGGGGACCGAGCUACAACGCGGUUCGGAUUUGGCGGGGUUUUUUUUUCCAAAAAAAAAACUAAAAUUCUUAAAAAAAAAAAAAAAAAAAAAGGCUAUUAUCAAACUGAUUUCUCCCUUUUUGUAUGCCGGAUGCUGCAUGAGUCUGAAACACCAAUAAACGGAGACUGCAUGAGA